AUGCUCGAUGAAAACUUGUCAUGUUUGUUAGACGAGAGCGAUGACGACAGCGCCGAAAAAAAUGAAGUCAAAAGGAGGAAGCAAGAACUGCGUGAGAAGAGCAGAAACGUGGCCAAUAAGAGUGAUGCAGAGUUUUUCCCCACGUCUAUUCUAAACUUUAACAUUCGCAACAUAGGGAAUUUGAAUAAUUUUUUUAAAAACAACAAUGGCGAGUUCGGCACUGUUGCACACCAUAAGGCCGCGACCCAGGGCAUCACUUCGCGCACGUCGACUUCGCUGCCGCCAAGUGGGGAAGUCAACCAAAACGGAAACGCGCUCAACAGGAAGAAUGGAACAAUCGCAGGAGCGAACGCCGCAAAGGUGGUGGACAACGAUACACGCAGUGAGCGAAAUGGAAGAUUCGGUAGCCACUCUUUAAAUUACUUCCCACCCUUAGAAAUUGAGAAGCAAGAAUUUUCGAAAAGGAAAAAUCUGGAGGCUUCUUCUCACAACACUACUAGGAUUGUGCACACACACGGGGCACAAGCGAAGCAUGACAUCAGGGGGGGCAAGGUAACAGAGGGGAAUCUUGGUGCGGGGGAAUAUACGAUCGGGAGAAAUGCUGCCCAUUUGGGGGAAAAUGCAAGCGUUCGCGAAAGGGAGGCAGCCAAACCGAUCGCUUCCUCAACCAACGUCUACACUGAACUGUUCAAACCGGGCAAAGCGCGAAACGGAGAUGCGGCUGAGACAGAAGUGGCAGUAACCAAGGGUGAUGCAAUGGAAAAGGAAGAGGGAAUAUUAAGGAAGCGUAACGUAUUGGUAGAAGGAACAGACCAUGUGAAUGCACCCAUGCAUGGAGAAAAGAAUGUCAACUGGUCCAAUGAAAGAAGCUCCAAUCGUGUGGUACGGUUUGUCACCAAUAAGGAUGGAAAAGAGUUACCACCUCGAAUGAGCAGUAAAGACGCAACGAAAGGAACCCAAAUUGUGAACAAGGAGAAAUGGUUAAGUAGUAGAAACUUCCCUACGGCGCCAGCGAUGGGAACAAAUUCUACCGCAUCGAUUUCUUUAAGUGGCGCUUCUAAGAUGAACUCGAUAAGAUACACCUCCCAACCAUCGGACAAAAACAUAGUGGCAGACCUGCUUGCUCAAAAAAACAAAAUCGAAAAAAGGAAAGAGCUAAUUUUUUGCUUUUCUUUUAUAAAGUACAAUUCUUGGGUGAAGGCGCUGAAAAUUUUGGAACUGCCGUUGGAUCCUUUCCACCUGAGUAUAAAUGCUCAUAGGUAUGUAACAGACGGGGGGGAAGACCAACCGGUUCAGGAUCACAACCAGGGACAAAUGGCGUGCGUAGCGGCAAGUGAAACGGCAAGCGGUGCACCGUCCUUCCUGUACACCCACAACAUCCACAACAUUUUGAAAAACAAACGGUUCGCAAAUUACAGAAUCGAGAAAAUGAUGGUAAUCGUCAAAAGCAUCAGGUGUAGAAGUCACGGGUACUUCAUAGUAGCCAUGGACCCUUCUGGUCAGAUGCCAGCUUCUAUACAUAAGGAGGUCGAGAAGGAAUAUAAAAAACACAUAAACAUUGGUUCCACGCUAAUUCUAAAAGACGUCACAGUGUUCGAAACGUUAGAUAACUUCCCCUAUUUGAUAAUAACGCUUCGAAGCCUCGUGCGGGUCAUCAGGGCAGAGGAAACAAGUUACGCUGAGAGGGAAGAUAUCUUCAAGAGGAUUUAUGGGGGCACGCGGUUGAAGGCGUGA